AUGUCUAAUGACAAAAUUUUGGAAGAUUUAGCAGAAAUAAGAGAAAGAUCUCCUUUUAAAGAUUUUAAAAUACAAGAUGAUACAAUUUUAUACCAAAAUACAAGUAGAUUAGCUUGUCCAGUUUGUAAUAAGCAUGUUAAGCAUUAUUGUUAUAAUUGUUUUCAUGUUAUGGGGAUGAAUAGAUCACAAGUGCCGUUUGUAAAAUUGCCUGUGACGAUGGAUAUCAUUAAACAUGAGGCUGAAUCAGAUGGUAAAACAACAGCACUCCAUGCUAGAAUUUUAGCUGAUGAAGAUGUUAAAGUUUUUUCUUGGAAGCAAAUACCAGAAUAUGAAAACCCAGAACGUAUUCUAAUGUUAUUUCCUGGACCUGAUGCUAAAAAAUUAAGUGAAAUUCCUCGAGAUUCAUUUGACCAUAUGAUUGUUAUUGACGGUACCUGGAAACAAGCUAGCAAAAUGGUUAGAGAGACACCAAUAUUACAAAAAAUGCAAAAAGUGACGAUUGAGCCUCGUUCAACAUAUUUUUGGCGUUUCCAGAAUAUAAGCAUCAACUACUUGUCAACAAUUGAAGCUAUUUAUUACUUAUAUGUAGAAUAUGCACAAGCCUAUGAGCUAAAAACAGAAUUGUACGAUGGAAGAUAUGAUAAUUUGCUAUUCUACUAUAAGUAUUUGUAUGAUUUGAUUCAAUACAGUUACCGUAAAGGUCAGCAUAAAAAUAGAGAGUUUUGUUGGAGACAUAGAGCAAAUUAUAUUCAGGAUAAAGAGGCUAGUCAAGUGAUGAGAGAUGCAGCAGGAAAAUUUAUAAAUUCAGAAAAAAAAAGGAGAUAG